AUUACCACGAUGCGCUCCGAUGGGCGGUGACGACGAUGCUUCUUCCCGGUCGUGGGAAGGAAACGCGACACCUGGGCGGCUGCACCUUCGCUCGCCCUCCCACGACCCUCACCUGCCUGCCACGUUGGUCUUCUCAACAAUGCCAGGGGCAGUCAACACAGCGUACGCACGACAUCUGCCAUACCGAUCACCACCAACCCUACCAGAGCCUUGAGGCAGCCAGCCAGCCAUUCAUCGAUACGCUAGCGGCCUUCACGCACACGCGACGAGACGCGUCUGCGUCAUGAUCACACCCAACUCCGAAUAGGCGCACGGAACAUGGCACCAACAUACCUCCAGAACCUCUCCCACUUCACCGUCUUCCUCACAGCUUACACGCACACGCUCCUGUGCCUCCGCGAACUCUAUCCACCCACCUCCUUCGCCAAAGCCCGCUUUCACAAUGCCCCCGUCUACCAAUCGCGCCAUCCGCUCGUCUGCGAGUGGGUCAACGACGCCAUAAAAGCCGUGCGCGAAGAGCUCAUCAACGGCAUCGUCGCCAGGAUCGCCAUCGUCAUCUUCAGCUACCCGGAUGAGGGCGAAGGGUCAGGCAGCGGCAAGAUAAUGGAGCGCUACAUGUUCGACGUGAGCGCCUUCCCAGUCGUAGCCAAGGGGGACCGCAACAUAGACAUUGAGUGGGAAGAUGAGACACGGGUGCCCGAGGUCGAAUACAAUGAUGAUGGCACUAUCAAGAGAAAGAAGACAAAACCACUCGAUGUCGAUGUCCAUGCCGACAUCAGCGAACAGUACCGCGCUGCCUUGAUUGCGCUUGCGGUGCGUGCUCCGCGACUCGAUCCAUUACCACCAAACUGCUCAUUCAACAUCAGUAUGGAACUCAAGGAUGAGCCUGAAAUCGACCCGCCCAUGGGACACACAGAGACAUGGGUGCCGGUCCAACCUAGUUUGCAGAAGAAGGGGAGAGGCAAAGCGAAGCAGGCCUUGUUUAGAGAGGAGCUCGACGAGGAAGCUUUUGAGCUAGGGAUACUGAGAGAAAGGGAAGGAAGGGAUCUGGGUGGCGCCAGUGUCAUACCAAUACGCAGUGUGCAGGCAGGUGUCUUCAGCUUUGAGAAUUGGAUAGAAGAAGGCAAAGCCAAAUUCGAGAGCAAGGACGAGGGUAGUUCAAAGACAAGUUUCUCUAGUAUUUUCAAUUAGAUGAAUCGAUAAGUUAUAAGCCUGUGACCAUCCUUGCGCUACUUGAAUGUUCUAAAAGGUAUCAAAUGUUCGUCAUCUUUUACGAAUCACCCGGUGCAUAUACGCAUCGUGCAUAGCCCAAUCCCCUGAUGUCAUGCCAUGUAGUAUCGAGAACGUUGUAAAGCGAAGGAAACGAACCGCUACCAUCCUCAAGGGGCAUGCGGUCUUCUGGCUCUGAGCGCUGGCACUGCCGCUGGGGCACGAUCCCGGCGCCUCUCAGCCACCACAGUUCGACGAGCUUCAACAUACGCCUCAGCAUCUCGCUGCAGCAGCCCUUCCACCUGAGCGCCAUCGGCU